AUGGCCAAGUGGGGAGAAGGAGAUCCGCGCUGGAUUGUUGAGGAGCGUGCCGACGCAACCAAUGUGAACAACUGGCAUUGGUCUGAGAAAAAUGCGACUCCAUGGUCCUUGAACAGGUUGCGCGAACUCCUCACCGGAUUCUCCGCUGAGGAUGGCCCGAUUGUGGUGACCAUCGAUGAGAUCAAGAAGAUCGAUGGAGAAGCAACCGCUAACAACCGGAAAGCCAAACUCAUUUUUCUUUUCGAAUGGGUCAUUGAAGGAACUUUCAUUGCUCGCAUUUCUGGUAGCGAAGAGGAAUACAAGGGAAAGUUCGAUAUUCCAAACUUGAGUGACGAGAACGAUGCAUCGGAAGUAGAUUUGAACACUUCGUUGGAUGGAAAUGGUCCAAUGGCACAUAAUGUUCGUCAAGUUCUCAACAAAUCGUUUGUCAAGAAAAUUCAAGAUGUAUUGGGAAUUUACAUUCGAGAGUUGAAGGAAGAGUUCAGCAAGGGCCUUAUUCUCCCAACGGACCAGGUCAAACCACAAGUCGUCACCAAAGGAAAGACUACUGUUGUCGACAAGCGUCAAUUCCAAAACACUGUUAUUGCUGAAAAAGAUGUUUCCACUUCCGGAAAUGAAGUUUUUUCAACAAAAGAGGUCUCCGUCAGUGAUACGUUCAAAGCCACACCGGAACGCGUUUUCGAAGCAAUUACCGAGACUCAACUUGUUCGUGGAUGGACUAACGGUUCUAUCCAAGAAUGGGAUUUCAAGGAAGGAGGAAAAUUUGCACUGUUCGGGGGAAAUGUAACCGGAACUUUUGAGAAAAUUGAGCCAAGUAAGGAAAUCGUCAAGAAGUGGCGAUUGAAGAAAUAUCCUAACAACCAUCAUGCUACAAUUCAUUUCACUCUCAAAGACAAUGGGUCUGGAACGGAUAUCAAGAUUACCGCAAAGGAAGUACCAACCCAUUUGGCCGAUGAGACCCAAACAGGGUUGGAUCGCUACUAUCUGACUAGCAUCGCUCGUACCUUUGGAUUUAGUCAGCGGAUCUAA